AUGGCAAUGGACGCCAAAGAGAUCGAGCUCCGUGGCAAGGCCAUCGGAAAGGCUGUAUCUGAGGGCGAGCCCAGCGCUUCUGUGCUGAAGCUGCUUAAUGACCUGAAGACGGGUGUGCACGCGACCGAGGACCUCUUGCGCUCAACACGAAUCGGUGUCACUAUCAACCGUCUGCGAACUCACAAGGAUCCCGCAGUACAAAAGCUCGCGACCGAAUUGGUAGCAAAGUGGAGGGAUGAGGUCAAAAAGAAGCAGCCCUCCAAGAAGGACGGCCCGGUAAAGGCAGCCGCGAAUGGAGGUGCAGCCUCUUCCCCCGCUCCUCCACCCUCAGGAACCGCGUCUCCGGCACCAAAUCUGGCCAAGAAGAAGCAUGAUGUACCUGCCGACAAGCGCAAUCACAAGACAGACAAGGUCAAGUACCAAGUGACUGGAAAUGAGGCCCGCGACAACUGCGUUAGGCUGAUGUACGACGGUCUGGCCUUCAUGAGUGAAGCGAUGCCCGACGAGAUUCUCAGCGUCGCAAAGCAAAUCGAAGCCGCCGCAUACGCCAAGGCUGGUAGUGUAAACGACACUUACAAGGGCAAGAUGCGCUCGCUCUUCCAGAAUCUCAAGAGCAAAUCAAAUCCCCAGCUUCGCAAGCGUGUACUUGCUGGCGAGGUGCCCGCAGACAAGUUCGUCGUCAUGACACAUGACGAGAUGAAGUCGGACGCGCGACGAGCAGAAGACGAGAAGCUGGAACAGAUCAACAUGAAUCAGGCCAUGGUUGCACAGGUCGAAAAGGCCAUUUCCAAGGAGUUCCAGUGCGGAAAAUGCAAGCAAAAGAUGGUCAGCUACAGUCAAGCGCAGACCAGGUCUGCUGAUGAACCGAUGACGACCUUUUGCGAGUGCAUGAACUGUGGUAAUCGGUGGAAGUUUUCAUAG